AUGCUUGACCCAUCAUUCACCGGUGAAAUUACCAAUUCUGGGGCUCCAGAGAAUAAGCAUCACUCUGCUUCAAAAGAACUAAAAACUAAUAGUGAUGAGGCCUUUCCUGAUCUACGAAGAAGUCGAUCUAGAAGUAGGGCUAGUAGUCGGGCUAGUAAUCAUUAUCCCGUGGAUAAUAAUCAUUUAUUGCAGUCGGUGUUUUUGAAAAAUAAUAGACCCAAAAGGAUGGAGUCUACUGGCGAUAUAAAUGAAAGACGCGAGUCAACCAAGAAGCCUUUAACUCGCUCAGUGUCAACGCAUAGUUUCUUGAAUAACAAUCAUCCACGUAAUAAAAAUAUACCCAUGAUUCAUGAAACACCCACCAAACCUUCCUUGAAAAGAUGGAAUAGCUAUCUGAUUCGUCAAGAUGAAAGAAAACCAACGGAGGUUGAUACAAAAUAUUCUUUAAAGGAAUCGAAUAAGUCAAAUGAUCAGAUUGAACAUAAAAUUUAUAACACCAAUGAUCAGAAGACUUCGAGCAUUUCGCCAUUAACUGUUUUGAAAAAUGACUAUAACAUUAAAAGACCAGGCUCCAACCCUCCUGCUAAAGCCAAAAUACCCAUAAGUGAUAAUUCCUUUAUUGAUUUGGAUUCCCAUAAUUCUAAUACCUUUGAUAAUCCUAAUGACUUUGAUUCGUCAAAUAAGCGACCUUCGAAUGAUACCGUUGAUUCUAAUACUACUGCAUUUGUGAAUCCUUCCAAUAAACUAUAUAGUAGAAUGAGUCAAUUAAUUAAUAUGGCUCAUAAUAGUAUGCAUUCAUUGGUUCCUAUUCAGCCGAAAACCCCAAUGUCCACUGCUUCAAAACCUGAUACCGAUGGUGAAACGUUGAAUAAUGGAACUUUAGUGACAACUCCUCAUUAUCAAAGUGAACUGGAUGAUGAUGACGAUGAGGAGGACGAAGACAACGGACAUCCAGUAGAUGCAUGGAAUACUCAAAAUAAUGAUAGUGUCGACAAUUCUUAUGUUGAUAAUUCAUUUGUGAAAAGCCCCGUUAAUGAUUUGACCAACAUUAACCCAAAAUCUUUGAAUGACAUUUUGAGAGAAAUUAAUGAUUUUCAAAGUAAUUUUGUUAAAAACAUAUCAAACCCACCUUCUAAUAAUACUUCACUGGUGGACUUGAAGCAAAGUAGUAGAGUUCAACGGAAAAUAUUGGAUUAUAAGGAUCUUUAUAACGAUUAUGAAUUUACAGAAUCUUCCUCUGAAAAAGAUUUUGGUACUUCAAAUGAUUACACCGUCAAAAUUCAACACGAUACUAUGAUGUCAGAAUACACCCAAAUUCGAUUACGAUUUGCAAGUACUCUAUCCUCAAUCAAUCCAAAGACACAGAAAGAAAAGAUGAGAUCCCAUAUGGGUGUUUUGGGUUUCGUAAACCGUGCAGCUUAUUUGAACCAGGUGAGGCCAUUUACCCCUAAAAAAGAUCAGAGCUCUGAGCCACCUUGGUAUUUUCGAGCAUCUUCUCAGUACCAACCUUUGAAUGAUGUCAAGAAUCCUAUAACAUUUGAAAAUAAAGACGAAUUUUUGAAGACCAUGUGGGAUGAAGAAAUGAAAUCAGUUCUUUCUGAUCCUACUUCUAAGUCACCUACAGACUCCACCGUUCCUUCCAACAAUUCAAAGGACUCAAAGACCCUCUCAAUAAGCCCUCAAAUGACAGAACCUCCCUUAGAGCCCGGAAGACUGUCUCGAAAUCUGCAGGGAAGUUACGAUGCCAGUAACUAUAAUUUUUCUAGCAUCGCUCGAAAUGUCAAGCUAAACCAUUGA